AUAAUUUUUGCGCGAUUGACCUGUUAGUCGGUCUUUGGUGAGGCGACAAAGAUGACGGCGUUCUUUGACAAUGGUAGCGGAGUGCUGAGACCGUUGGACAGCGAUUUAAUAUUACAUCUGCUUCAAGACGGAAACGAUUCUGAAGUAGAAGGUAUCGAUGAUGAUGACGAAUUGCCUCUCCAAAGGCCUUGUAACCCUGCUGUCAUUGAUGUUCCAUCACCACAAUUUCCAAUACCGCCCCCAGCUCAACCUCAACGUAGAAAUGUGGUUCAAAACAAAGCAAAAGCCAGAAGAAGACUUUGGAGACAGGAGGCUUUUAGUCAAAAAGAACAUGGCUACCCACAACGCGUUCAGCCGGGUGUUAUCAGAGAACCCUUAGAAUAUUUUAGCGACUAUUUUAAUGAUGAUUUUUUUGAGUCAACUGCGUUUUGUACCAACAAUUAUUUCAUGCGCCACAAUGGCCGUAUCUUAAACACAAAUGCCAUUGAAUUAAAGAAACUGGUAGGCAUACAUUUCAUCAUGGGAUGUAUCCCAUACCCGCGGUUGUUCAUGUACUGGCGAGAAGGAUUACGAUUGGAUAUAGUCGCGAACGUCAUGGCCAGAGACAGGUUCAAGACUCUGCGUUCAGCAUUGCACGUCGUUGACAGUGACACUGCUCCGACAGGAAAUACCAACACACUGUGGAAAGUACAACCAAUACUUGACCGGGUUAAAAAAACAUGUGAUCGACUCGAAAGACAGCCGGGAUAUUUUUCCAUAGAUGAACAAAUGAUCCCUUUUAGUGGUGUAUGUCCACGUGGGCUGCGACAGGUUAUCAAAACCAAGCCUCGACCCCAAGGUUUAAAAGUUUUUGUGGCCACCACACAUGAUGGACUAAUGAUUGACUUUGAAGUUUAUAGAGGUGCCAACACUUCAAUGGGUGACAGAUCUUUGGGAGUUGGAGCGUCGAUAAUUUUACAUCUUUCUAAGUCAAUUCCAAGAGGCAGCUGCAUUUAUUUUGACCGGUACUUCUCGUCAAUACCUUUGCUUGAAAAGCUAAGCACUAUUGGGCUACACGGUACAGCAACGCUAAUGAUGAAUCGAAUACCUGAACGGAAAAACAUCGAUUUCAAACCUGAUCGCCGUAUGAAACGUGGUGAAUCGCAACAGUUCGUGUGUGACGAUGUCGUAGUUGUUAAAUGGAUGGAUAACAAAUCCGUGCUAGUUGCAUCAAACUGCACAUCUGCUGACGAUACAACAUUUGUACAGCGUUGGGAUAAAAAUAUCUCUGCUUUCACUGAUGUUACCGCGCCCAAAAUAAUCGCUAAUUACAAUAGGUACAUGGGUGGUGUGGACAUCCUUGAUCAAUCAAUGGAGUACUACCGCACCUUUAUGAAGACGAGAAAAUGGACGUUAAAGGUCAUACUCCAUUUCUUUGAUCUGGCUCUUUGUAAUGCAUGGCGCUUGUAUAAAUUGGAAUGUGCAGCAGCUGCGAUCCCAAAUAGCAAAGUUAUGGACUUGUUAGAGUUUCGGAUGCAAGUAGCAGAUGGGCUUACCAACACGCCUAAUCGCCGAAGGAGGAUUAGCGAGAGUGAUGAAAAUGCUGUCGAAAAUGUAGCGCAAAAUAAUAAUACAAGGUUUAAGAGAACAAAUCAGCCCUCUCAAGCCAAAAAUUCAUUUAAAGCCUAA